CUUGUUACCCAUUUCAUUCAACAAUAACACGUUCUCCUGAUUUCUCUCUGAUCUAUUCUAGGGUUUGUUCACGCUGACAACGAUGAUCCAGCUCCUUUACUCGGUGAUCUUCGCCGAAAUGGCGUUGAUCCUCCUUCUUCUCUUCAAGACGCCUCUCCGAAAGCUCAUCAUCCUCACCUUUGAUCGCAUCAAACGCGGCCGUGGCCCCGUUGUCGUCAAAACAAUCGGCGCCACCGUCUUCGUCGUUCUUAUGUCCAGCGUCUACAGCUUGCUUAGUAUCCAACGCAGAUCAGAGGAUGGUGCCGUUCUCAAUCCUACAGAUCAGGUCCUCGCCUCCAAGCAUCUUCUCGAAGCUUCUCUUAUGGGGUUUGUGCUAUUUCUCUCGCUAAUGAUUGAUCGACUACACCAUUACAUAAGAGAGUUGCGGUUGCUGAGGAAGACAAUGGAGACUGCUAAGAAACAGAACAGAGGUUUUGAGGAUGGGAAACACACGAGCGGGGAGGAAGUUAAAGCUCUCGGGGAAGAAAUCACUGCAUUGAAGGCAAAGAUCAAGAAACUAGAAUCUGAAAGUGAAAGCAAAGGUAAAGAACUGAAAAGUGCACAAGCUGAAACAGAGGCUCUGAGAAAAUCAGCUGAUGGGUUUCUGAUGGAGUAUGAUAGGCUGCUUGAGGAUAAUCAGAAUCUCAGUAACCAGUUAGGGUCCAUCGGCCAUAGCCCAGAGGGAAAGAAGAUUAUGUGAAAUAUAUGAAACAGAGAGAUACAAUGGUAGAGCACAAAAGAAGAUUAUGUGUAAUAUUCUGUUUUGUAGAGCACAAAAAAAACUUUAGGAAAUGUGUGAUUUCUGUUUGCUUUCAUGCGUUAUGAUAUAUUUUUCUCAUCUUUGAAAAUACUUGAAAGUGUUUUGAUAUGUAGUGGACUUGAAUUGCGGUAUAUAUAUAUGAAUCCUAAUUGGGC